CUAUUUUGUAAUAUUUUUGAUAAGCGUGCAUCACUUUUGAGAGCAAGUGUCUGCCUGCCUACUCAUAUUACGGCGCAGCAUGCUUUCCAGUCGCCUUGUGAGCUAAUCGGUCUAAGUUAUGAACUCUUAGCGAUAAUAAUAAUUUCUUUGUAUUUUAUUCCCCACCAGCCAUGCACUGGCCAGUUAGAUGUCUUUGCAAAUUGUAUGCAGCGGAAGUUUGUAUAUGCCGUAUAUGUGUCGUCUUGUACUGGUUAUUCUCCAGUGGAGCAUGAAGCGAAAUGACCAUUAAAAAAUCCGCGAGAGUGGCUUUAACGCGGUAUUGAUGUUUUGCUUGGAAUUAAAUCCGGACUUUUCACAUGGUGAAUAUUCAGCGCCGUCGCACGAGCAACAACCAGUCUGAAUUCGUAAUGAAUGCCAUGAGCAGACAGUUCCGGUCGGAUUUUAUUAUAUGGAUGUGUUGAACUGCUGCAGCAUUGCACGGCAGCAGCCAUGUUCGCUCAAUUCCGGAAAUGGCGAUGGAGGUGGAAAAGCAAUUUUCCUACCGUUAUUGCCGUUGUAUUAGUAGUGCAUUUAAUUGUGGAAUGUUGUGGCCUCAAUCAAGCGUCUUUCAAAUUUACCCAGCAGUCAUACAAUGUUAGCAUUCCGGAGAGUCCGGACGGUAAAGCCUACGCGGUGCCCGAUAUACAUGCUGAACGCAUGGGCAUUCCCAUAAGUGAUCCUAAUGUGGAAAUUAGAUACCGCGUCAUUAGCGGUGAUAAGCGGAAAAUCUUUCGCGCAUUACCGGUCCGCAUUGGGGAUUUUCGCUUUUGUGUACUGCGACCGCGUUCCAGCACCGGAAGCCGGCUUAAUCGCGAGCUGGACAGGUAUUAUGAGUUGACAAUUGAGGGGACAGCGAAGGGAUUUCCCGGUUUAGCGGCGCUGACGUCCGUUAAUGUGACGGUACUGGAUAAGAACGAUCUCAGCCCGCUCUUUUAUCCCACCAAAUACACCGUCACAAUUGACGAGGAUGUACCGCUACAUUCCAAAAUCCUCCAAGUCACCGCAACGGACGCCGAUGCGGGAUUAAAUGGCGAUAUUUAUUAUGUGAUCCAUGACCCGACGGCCGGCAGUUUUUUCACCAUCCAUCCCCAAAGUGGAAUAUUGUCAGCCAUUCGGCCGCCGAACGUCGACAUACAAAAAGACUUUCGAAUCAGCGUUAAUGCACACGACCGUGGGGUGAAAAGCAAUAAAAUAUACAUGGCCGGUGGAGAAAUGCCGUCGAACGCCGACGUUAUUGUUCAAGUUCGCCGGGCAAACCGCAACGCACCCGGCAUUCUCGUACAGUCCCUGUCGGCACUGACACUCAAAACACAUCCUCUGGCGGUGGGAAUACUGCAGGUGACCGAUCCCGACCCCGGUCUGCAUGGUCAAAUUGACACGGUGCAAGUGGUCGAUAAGGGAAACUACAGUAACUGGUUUUACACGACACCUGCCGGCACGCCUGGCAGCUACUACAUCCAAGUGCGCGAUCGAGCCUGGCUGCAAAAUAUGGAUAAUAUCGUGCUGACGAUCAAGGCCACCGACCGGGGACUUCCGGCCCAGUCCAGCUGGAAGGUUGUCAAUGUGUCCUUAUUUCCGGUGAACGAGCAUGCACCCAAACUGCAGAUAGAGCAUUUAACCUUGGAUAUUCCGGAGAAUCUGCCGGUUAACACAUUUCUCACCCACAUACGUGCCACGGAUGAGGAUGCCGGUCGCAAUGGGCGAGUGCGUUUUAGCCUGUUGACGCGAACGGACAUAUUCCGCAUCAACAGCAUAACCGGAUGGAUUAUCCUGCUGCGCCCCCUGGACCGCGAAACAAGAAACGUUUAUGAAUUGGAAGUCGUCGUCACAGAUGAUGCACCCGAGGGACAGCAGAAAUCUGACGCGGCCAAAAUUACCAUGAAAAUUGUUGAUGAAAAUGACAAUGAUCCAGUUUUCGCCGCUGCCGAAGUGUCAGUGGACAUUGUGGAGAAUGAGCCGGCUGGAUCCAUUAUUUAUACCGCAUCCGCGCACGAUCAAGAUAUCGGCGAUAAUGCGCUGAUCAGCUACAGCAUCGCUAAUUUGAACGAGAUUCCCUUCCAAAUCGACGCACACACUGGCCAAAUUAGGCUGCUUCGUAAUCUGGAUUACGAAGUCGACAAACGGGAUUAUUUGCUGCGCGUACGUGCUGCCGACCGCGGUCAGCCAUUACGACGGGAAAGCGAGAUGACCCUAAUUGUCAGACUACGGGAUCGCAACGACAAUGCGCCUGUCUUCAAAAAACUCAACUGCCACGGCACAAUUGCGGUCAGCAGCAGCAGUGCAACGACAGCGGAAAGCAAUCUGUUGACAUUAUCGGCGAUUGAUGCUGAUGAGAGUGAUGCUGUCACUUACAAACUGCUAAAUGACGAAGAACCCAUUAGGAAAUGCUUCGGUCUCAACCAGUCGACCGGUGACGUCACGUUAACGUGUGAUUUAAAAAAGGAUUUAAUAGCCCUUAAUGGGAAUGAUAUUGCGCUGCGCUUUACCGCCACUGAUGGCUCCUUGGAGGCCGACAAGAUGUUGUGGGUCAACCUGACACUUAGCCGAACCGACGCCCGACUUAACACGCCGACCGACAGGUCAAUUAAUAUCCAAUGUCAGCCCAAUCCCCAGGCGAGCCUCUUGGCCGGCAUACAACAACAAUCCGCCGAGAACAAUGCCCGCAUGGACACGUUUCCCCACAUGCCCGAAUUCGCGCUGACCAACCGACGCACACCGAAGUUUCCCACUGACUUCCCGGCCAUUAUCCAUCUGGAUGAGGAUAGUGAAGUGGAGAGUAAAGUGCUACAACUUAAUGCCAUAGACGAGGAUUACGGCUACAAUGGGUUAUUGCGCUAUUCAGCUGUGUCGGAUGACGAUUAUUUCCGCUGCAACCCCGAGGGACAGCUUGUGUUAGCGCGCCCGCUCGACCGGGAAUCCAAGCUGAUGCACAGUGUGAACAUUACGGUGGAGGACAGCGGCAGCCCGCCACGGACAUCAUCCCGCUUACUACUCGUUAAAGUCCUCGAUAAGAACGAUAACAGUCCCCAGUUCGAUCCAGUGGGCUGUGCGUUUUCCGUGGCGGAAAACAGUGCACAUGGCAGCGUGAUCGGUUUCAUCAAAGCCACUGAUGCCGACGAGGGUCUCAACGGAAGAAUCACAUACUCGACACCAUCUGCACGUGAGCCCUUUGCCAUUCAUCCCGAAUCGGGUGCAUUAAGCAUUCAUGGCCGUAUUGAUUACGAAACGGUGAAGGAGUACAGAUUCACUGUACUGGCCAGUGAUAGCUCCGUGGACACAGCGCCGCGCACAUCCUCCUUAGAGUGCUCGGUGGCGGUGGUGGACGCUAACGAUAAUGCACCACUUUUCCCAUCAAGUUUGAUUAAAAUUUCCAUCCCAGAGGAUUUCCCGGUUGGAGCGGUGUUGACGUUUGUCACAGCGCUGGAUGUGGACAGCGGCCACAACGGGCAAGUGGAGUACAGUUUGGCAGAGGAAAAUGAUAUUUCCACGAGCGAGACGGCAGCAGCCGCUGACCGGAAACAAACAACUGAAGGCCAUCAGCCGAAUGCCGACUCACUCUUUGCUGUGCAUCCACUCACCGGGGCUCUGACGCUGCGGCAUGCGCUCGACUUCGAGAUGGUGUCAGUUUACAAUAUUUCGGUUGUGGCACAGGAUAAGGGACAGCCGAGGCUCUCGUCCACUGCUUGGGUUGAAAUUUUUGUGGAGGACGUGGAUGAGAAUCUGCAUGCGCCGAAAUUUAAAGACUUUGUAUUGUCAGCCAGUGUUCUGGAAAAUCAGCCGGUUGACACAUUCGUCACACAGGUGAAGGCCAUUGACGAGGAUGGCGAUAAAGUGGCAUAUUCCCUUGUUGGUGGAUCUGGAUUACACCUUUUCCGAAUGGAUAGUGACGGUUUAAUAUUGACCAGUGCCGUGUUUGAUCGGGAAGCUCAGGAGCAUUACUGGUUGAAGAUUCUGGCGAAAGAUUCGGCUGCUGUGCCAAAAUAUUCCGUCCUACAUUGUUACGUGAAAAUCGGUGAUACGAAUGACAACAAUCCCAUGACAGCCGAGCCGAUCUAUUAUACCAGUGUACCAGAAAACAGCCCACCCGAUACGGUGGUGGCCACGCUGGAUGCCUUUGAUUUAGAUUCCACCAGUUCACAAUUAACCUACAAGAUCACAGCCGGCAAUCCCCAGGGAUUUUUUACUAUUCAAGAAAAAACCGGGAUUAUUCGAACAACGAACAGGAAAUUUGAUCGUGAGACCCAGGCUGAACACACGCUGGAGAUCACCAUCAGCGACAACGGUGAACCGACAGCGCUGCAGUCCACAACUUUUGUUGUGGUGACGGUACAGGAUGUCCAGGAUUCGUCUGUUUCUUUCCUUAAAGAACAUGUGCAGAGAUACGUAGUCCCAGCUUGGAAGCCACCGAAAGCGCUGCCAUUAUUUCGAGUAAUCGCUUUCGACACUGACAUCGGAAACAACGCAGAGAUUCGAUUUUCGCUCACCGGGAAGAAAGUGGAAAAUGAACGCUAUCGCAUUGACACUCAAACUGGGGAAGUAUUUGCUGCGCAGCCCCUGAAUGUUGGCGAAGAUUAUAAUGUGGUGGUCAAAGCGUCUGAUCCCGAAGAUUCUGCCCAAAAGAAAACACUUCGAGUUGUACUGGAAGCUUCAGCUAUUCCUGGCUCUACUACAAAACCACCGCAGGUCACACCGACUACUGCUUCUGUGACUGUGUCCGAAACCAGUGCUGUUGGGCAUUUGGUGCAUUUACUGGAAGCCGAAGAUCCAGAUGGAGAUAUGUUGUGGUAUUACAUAGUCGGUGGUGAUCCCGAGAAGCAGUUCCACAUCGGCCCCAACAUGGGCAAUUUAAUCGUAGCCCGUCCGCUCGACUGGGAAGCCCAUCGAAAUUACACUCUAACAAUUAAUGUAACGGAUGGUGUGCAUUUUGUCUCAACUGUUCUCCUCGUCAAGAUUGCCGAUGUCAACGAACACCGCCCCCAGUUUAUUAAACGCUCUUUUAUCGCCUCCGUCCCGGAGAAUGCCAGCCCGGGCAGCGAAGUGGUGCGUGUGGCCGCUUCGGACCAGGACGAGGAGCAACGCCUGCUAUACAGUAUACAUGCCACCGGCAGUCCGGUCAGUGCCGGCAAAUUUCAUAUUGACGAACACACCGGGGUGAUCACGACAGCGGAAGCACUGGACAGAGAGACCGUCGCCCAGCACAUCCUGACGGUAAUGGUCAAGGAUCGCGGGGCACAGUCGCGUGGCGAUUUAGCUAAAGUUCUCAUCAAUGUCAUUGACCUGAAUGAUCACGCUCCAGUAUUCACGGAAGUCAGUCAGCCUGUUGUGGUGCAGAGAGGCUUACCAGCCGGCGCCACCGUCCUGACAAUGCGGGCAUCCGACCGCGACACGGGUCUCAAUGCAGAGGUCACCUACAGUCUCACGGCAUCACAGUCACUGCUGGAAAUCGACGCCCUCACUGGUGAUGUUCGACUACUGCAGAAUGCCGAAAAAUUGGGAAGUGAUGAAUUAGCUGUUAAGAUAGUAGCGAGCGAUAAGGGUAUCCCCCCGUUGAAGACGGAAGCGCUUGUUCUAGUUAAACUGGCCGACGAAAAUGCACUUGCACCGUUCGGAUUUCCUCAGCGUGAACGAAUGACCUUUAUUGCGGAAAACGCGCCAGCUGGAACAUUCGUGGCUGUCGUGGCCGUUGGGGUGCAGUCAUUCGUAACAUACCAACUCUCGGACCGUGGCAAUGGGGAUAAAAAUGCCUUUAUGGUCGAUCCGUCGUCCGGACUGGUCACUACCAGCAUGCCGUUGGAUUAUGAGAAACAACGCUCGUAUGUCAUUAAUGUCAUGGCCGUAAAUCGGCAUUACGAAACCGCAACAUGCACCGUGUCCGUUUUCGUCAAAGACUUAAAUGACAACGCACCCAGAAUGAAUUUCACGAGCUUGAUUGGUUCCGUUAGCGAGGCAUCACCUGUCGGCUCUUCCGUUCUGGAUCCAUCGGGUCGACCGUUGAUCCUAGCGGCAUGGGAUGCUGAUAACGGUGUGAAUAGCCUGUUAUUUUUUGAAGUUCUUCAACCGGAAAUUAGUCAGUACUUUGAAGUGCUGUCCAGCGGAAGUGUUCGUUUGCGUAGUCAGAUUGAUUACGAGAAGCACCGGCAGUUCCAGUUUCUGGUACGUGUAUCCGACGCCGGCCGGCCUCGCCUGUCAUCCGACCAGUCGACACAACUGACUAUCAACGUCAUCAAUGUCAACGACUGCCCGCCGGUGUUCACGGCUGACGAAUAUAACUUCACCUUGACCAUCCCUGUUUAUCCAGCCAUGCAUGUCGGACGCGUGACCGCCGAGGAUGCCGAUCUGAUCAACAGUACACUGACGUACAAAAUCAUCGCCGGAAACCCCAACCGUACCUUUACACUGCAUCCCGCCAAGGGCGAUCUGCAGCUGAACAACCACUCGCUGGAUGUCAGUGCGGGAGAAGUGCGCUCGUUAACGGUGCAAGUGUCCGAUGGACUGCACACUGCCACCGCCAAGGUUUUCGUGACAUUUACCGAAGUGGAAAAUAAAGUUCUCAAAUUUUCACAAGCCAAAUAUACGGCAACUAUCAAAGAGAACGACGAAGGGGGAAAGGAAGUGUUUGUUCCCAAAUUAAAUGGGCGCUUUUUGGGGGAAAAUAUCCGGUAUGAAAUGAUGACUGAAAAUCCCUGGACAGUCGUCGAUUCGUUGACGGGGGCUGUGAUGACCACAAAUGUUUCGCUCGAUCGGGAGCAGACGAAAACGAUAACGCUUGUUAUGGAAGCUGUCAGCUUUGCCGAGGCAACAAAACAAAAAGCGCGCACGGAAAUCGAAUUCACUGUGCUGGAUGUAAACGAUAAUCCGCCCAAAUUUAACGAUUCUGUUUACGUUAUGGCUGUACCGGUUUACGGCAAACAAGGAUUAAUUGUGGGCAAGGUGACCGCAACCGAUGCGGACGAGGGGAAGAACGGUGUUAUAAGUUACGCAGUGAUUUCAUACCAACCGUUAAUAUCAAUAAACUCUUCCACCGGCGAUGUGAGUUUGGCGAGGGAUUUGACCGAACAAGAGUUAACACAGGAAUUUUCGUAUACAAUCCGUGCGAGCGACAGUGGUAACAUCAGCCUGCAUUCCGACGCCACCGUUCUCCUUCGCAUCGUGGCGGAUACGGUGCCCCUUUUCCCGCAAAAUACGUACCGCACGAGUGUCUCGGAAGCCGCCGAAGUCGGGACACCGCUUCUUACUGUCAGUGCGACUUAUGCCAGCUUGGUCAACACGUCCCGGGACAUCGUCUACACUAUCAUGGAGGGCGACCGCUUCAAUAAUUUUGACAUUGAUUUCACGACAGGAGUGAUUCGUCUGCUGGAGCCGGUUGACUUCGAACUGCAGAAACAGUUUACGCUGCGUGUACGUGCCAUGGAUCCGGCCAAAUGGGAAACUUUAUACUCGGAUAUUGUGGUAUUUGUUGACAUUCUCGACGCCAACGACAAUGCCCCCAAAACCAAAGAUGGAGUGACCUUUCAAACAAUCAAACUAGCCGAGACUACACCACGGGAAACAGAAAUCUAUCAGCUUCUGGCAUCGGAUGCCGAUAGCGGCGAAAACGCGGAACUCCACUUCAGCCUGCAAUGGUCGGAAGACGCUGCACGUGAAACCGUAAGCCGUAUUCGCAACCGGAAAUCCGAUGAAGAUGUGUUUUUCCGAUGCGGCAUCAAGAAGGGCCUUAGCGGUGCGGAGGAGUUCAAAGCCGGCGAUUAUUUCCAGAUUGAUUCCACUAGCGGCAAAGUGUAUCUGAUUAACGAACUGGAUCGCGAGAUGAUUGACCAACUUGACCUGACGAUAAUCGUAUCAGAUGCCGGCCAUCCUCGCCGCAGCUCAGCCAUGACCCUGCGCGUCGUAGUGAAAGACAUCAACGACGUUGCGCCGUGCUUUACCGACUCAUCUUACGAUUUUGUGGUGAGCGAUGAGAUAUUUCCGGGAAAGUUCAUUGGCGGUGUGGUUACCGUUGAUCAUGAUGCUGAAUCCGAUAUGCAGUAUAGCAUUGUUGAUGGAAAUGGAGAUGAGCUGUUCACCAUCGACAGACAAGGAAUAGUUGCGUUUUCCUCUGGAGCAACGGGUUUCCUGUGGAGUUCUGCCCAGCUGAAUAUUUCCGCGUCGGACGGUGUACAUGUCGCGUAUACUCAGGUGAACAUUCUUCCGGUCAUUUCCAAUCGUCAUUCGCCAAAGUUUGAUUGGCCAUUCUAUGCAUUAACUACUGCCGAAAAUGCUCCACUGGGCAGUGUCAUCGGCGCGGUUCGGGCCAGUGAUUUAGACGCUGGACGCAAUGGUCAGCUGCGAUACUCCAUUGUGGAAGAUGUGUAUGACGAUCGUUUUGUUGUUGACGCCGAGAGCGGUGUCAUUUCCGUGGCUGGUAAUUUAGAUCGUGAGCGUCAAGCUGAUUACCUAUUCUGGAUUCAGGCGGUAGAUUUGGGCGGAUUACGGGACUUUUGUCAAGUCAACAUAACUCUCACUGAUAUGAACGAUAAAGCGCCAGUCUUUGCUAAGAAGAUUUACACUGUCACUGUCUUCGAUAACCUUGCUGCUGAUGCAGCCAUACUGAAGGUUGAGGCGACGGAUCGAGAUCUUGGACAGAAUGGUUCCGUUGUGUAUAGCAUCAGUUUAGAGAAUUCCAGACAUUUUAAUUUAUUUUACAUCGACUCCCGAACUGGCAUAAUUAAACUGAAGAAACCUUUUGGCACCGAAUUCCCAAACGAGAAGUUGUCCUUUUUCGUCGAUGCAUCGGAUGAAGGGAGCCCAUUGCAGUGGUCUUCAGUGGCUGUCGAAAUUUUCGUGGUGGAUAACACCAACAUUCUGCCAGAGUUCGACCAGUUGCUGUAUCUUUUCAGUAUCCACGAGAACGCUCCAAUGAACACAACUCUGCUGACCGUGAGACUGAAACAACCAAAGCCAGUCAUUUUUACCGUGAUAUCCCCGUCGGCGUUAAACCAAACUGAACUGCCGUUUUCCAUUCGCCAAGACGGCCGUCUCGUUGUGUCUAAAGAACUGGACUUUGAAGCGCAGAACAAGUAUCGCUUUUUCGUGCAGGCGACGUUCAAAGACAAUCCGCUGUUGGUCAGCCAUGUCGAGCUUCAGGUCCGUAUUAACGAUGAGAAUGACAAUGCGCCCGUGUUUUUCGCCGAUAAGGUCACCGUCCAGACGCCGGAGAACUACACCGCUCCGGUCCGAUUAAUUCCCAUUUCGGCGUAUGAUUUGGAUUAUGGGCAGAAUGCGAUGAUACGCUACGAACUAGUCAACGCGUCACACUUGCCAGUUGCGUUAGAUCCAAAAUCCGGAUGGUUGACGCUGGAAAGGACGAUAGAUCGAGAGAUGGACAGCAAAAUUGUUGUGAAAGUUAUGGCAGUGGACAGUGGCGUACCGGCUCUCAGUUCGACAAUGAUUGUGGAAAUUGAUGUUCUGGAUAUUAACGACAAUCCACCGUAUUUCCCAGUGACCCACACUCAGGCUAGCGUCAAAGAGGAAUUCGUUCCGGAUAUUCCCAUUGUGGCUGUGCGAGCCACGGAUUUGGAUCAGACUGCGGCGUUGGAGUAUUACAUUACCAAAGGCGAUCCUUCUCGGCAUUUUGUCAUCAAUUCCAAAGGGGAAGUAUCGGUAGUGGCCGCACUGGAUCGUGAAGAAAAAAGCUCAUAUGAUUUGACGCUUGUUGCCACUGACGGCUUGGGAACAGCAACCACGCAAUUGCACAUUGAUGUUCUGGAUAUUAAUGACAAUACCCCUAUAUGCACCAAGUCCUCCUUCCAUGAAAUCUUACCGGAAGAUAUGGACGUCGGCCACAUCGUUCUCCGCAUGCAAGCCACUGAUGAAGACAUCCGCAACGAAAUCGAGUACGUCAUUGUGGGCGACAAUUCCGACGAUUUCACCAUGGACCGCGCAACCGGUCUGCUGCGCAUUAAGCAACAUCUGGAUCGCGAGACUACCGAUCGCUACGCUCUGCUGGGUAUCGCUUCCGACGAGGACGGUCGCUCCUGUUCAGCCAGCAUAGAAAUCGUCGUGACCGAUGUCAACGACAACGCUCCGUCAUUUCCGGACAAUCUUACGGUCGCUGUCUCUGAGAGUACCGCACCGGGCACUCUGUUGUAUCGCCUCAAGGCCCGCGAUCGUGAUCUGGGUAUGAAUCGCCUUGUCAAAUACGCAUUCCUUCCUAACGACCAAGAAAGCGAAGAUAACAUCAAACUAUUUUCUUUAAACGAAACCAACGGGUUCAUUCAUCUCACUGGUGCGGUUGAUCGCGAGACAACGCCGCGCUACGAUCUGCGCUUCCGAGCAAAAGAUGCCGGCUCACCCUCGCUGUGGAGCAUGGUGAACCUCAAAGUGUUUGUGCAAAAUGUCCGCGAUGAUCCACCAAAGUUUUCCGAAGCGCAGUACCAGUUCAACGUACCGGAGAACACUCGAAUCGGAAGCAAGGUCGGUCAAGUGGAAGCGACCAGCCUGGAUGAUGCUGUGCGCGGUGACCUUUACUAUCGCAUCACGGAUGGCAACCAGUUGGGCGUCUUUGAUGUCGACGGUCGGAAUGGGGAGAUGGUAUUACUGAAGGAGCUGGAUUUCGAGAAGCAACCGGAGUUCAUCGUGUUCUUGGAAGCACAUGAUUCCAGCGAACCACCUUUGGUUGGAAUUACACAGGUGUUGAUCCAUGUGACGGACUUCAACGACAACCCACCGAUAUUCUUGCAAAAUCAAUAUGUCGUUAAAAUAUCAGAAGAUGUGGACGUUGGAGCGCAGGUCAUCCAGGUCACUGCCAAUGAUGUCGACACGAAGGAAAACGGAAAAGUCAGUUACAUGUUUCCCGAAAACAGCACGUAUCCUUUCCAUCUUGAUCCGGAAACUGGUUGGGUCACCGUCGCAUCCGCACUGGACCGGGAGCAGAAUUUGGUCUUCCUGUUGACUGUUAAAGCUAUUGAUAGUGGUACACCGGCUCUUUCAGCACUUACUACUGUGGAAAUUGCCCUUUUGGACGUCAAUGAUUGCCCGCCACAGUUUAGUCAACCAAACUACACGGCAGUUUUACAGGAGAAGAGACCAGGUGGCUUUACAAUUCUUCGUUUCGAUCUGAAUGACGCCGACUUGGAUCCGAAUGGCCAACCGUUUGCGUUAGAAAUAACUGCUGGUAACGACGAAGGCCUUUUCCAAGUGACCUCUAGCGAUCUGUCACUCCGCACCACUCGCCCUCUUCUCGACCGGCGACAUUCGGAAUUCAACUUGACCAUCACUGCCACCGACAACGGAAGUCCCUCGAUGAAUGCGUCCACAUGGAUUACAAUCCGCAUCGUCGAGGAAAGCCAGUUCCCGCCCAAAAUCAACCCCACCCAGAUCUCCGUUCUGUCCACGAAUGGUAAAUUUGCGGGUGGUGUCAUUGGUCGGAUUGCGGCAACGGAUGCGGAUAUCUAUGAUCUGCUUAACUACGACAUUGCUUCACCGGAACUGAAGACGUAUUUCGACAUGGACGCGCUACAGGGUAAUAUCAUCGCUAAAGCCGGCGUCGUGCCAGGACUGUACGAUUUGAAUGUCUCGGUGACGGAUGGACGCUUCACGACAUUCGAAAAAAUCCCGAUCUCUGUCAUGGAUGUGAACAAUGAAAUGCUAGACAGCGGUGUCACCGUGCAGCUGGAUGAUGUGUCAGUGGAGGAAUUUGUUAGCACGUACAAACGGGAUUUCAUCCGAGCGGUGAGGCAACUGUUCGGGCUGCGACGCAAUAAGGAUGUCCACAUUAUCAGUGUGCAGCCGUACGAGGUCAACGAUCUGGACCGGAAGAAACGGGACAUCAGGGAUUUCAGUGAAUCCGUGCAGGUGUUGUUUGCACUGUCAAAAGGGAAAAACGGAGACGGCUAUAUCGAGGCUGAGGAAGUGCGCGGGACGUUGCAAACACAGCAAAGCACUUUUGAAAAUCUGAUGGAUCUGAAGGGUGUUCGGGUGGUGCCGAAAUUAUGCGCGGCGGAUACAUGCGUGUUUGGCCAGUGCCAGGAGAAUUUAAGGUUACUCGAUCAUUCCCAAGCGCAAUAUGUUUCGGUCACCGGCAGUAAUGGCCAGUCGUAUGUCUAUCCUCGACAUGAAUGGAGUUAUCGCUGUGUUUGUCAAUCUGGUUACAGCGGUCUGCGAUGUGAGCGCCCGUUCGACGAAUGCGCUACUAAAGCAUGUACUGCGCCUAAAGAAUGUGUGUCCAUGGGUAAUGGUGAAACAAAGUGUUUAUGUCCGAACGGCAAAGAAGGUCUGAAGUGUGAUCAGCGUUCGCCUUUCGGCGAAUAUGAUGACGAAGCGAUUACAUACAGUGGUAACAGUUAUGCCUGGUACGAUCUGCAAAAACCCAUUGAGCGACACUUGAGCUUGUCUAUGAAGUUCAAAACGAGGUUCGAUUUCGGCAAUCUGAUGUACGUCGCUGGCCGGCUGGACUACAGCAUAUUGGAGAUCAAGAGCGGAGUGGUGCAAUACCGUUUUGACUGCGGUAGUGGAGAAGGAUUAGCUAAACUGGAAGGAAUUUAUGUUAGCGAUAAUCAGUGGCAUGAACUUACAGUCCAACGACAUGGGCGUCAUGCGGAAAUUCGAUUGGACGGAAAAUUCGUUGCACAAGCUACCGCUCCCGGGAUCAACGACAUCCUCAAUUUGGAAGGCAACGAUGUGUUUUUCGGCGCUGAAGUUCCAGGUCGCUUUUCCGCUGCCAGCGCGCAGCGUUCUUCGCUGGAAAAUAUCAUUCGGGAUGUACGACGCGGCUUCAUUGGCUGCAUGAAGCGCAUCCAGAUUAACGGUGUCGAACUGCCCAAAGUCGGUCGCAACCCGGAAGCCACCCUGAUCCAACUGGCCAACAUCCGGCACGGUUGUCACAUCACCACUGGUGACCUCGGUCCGUGCGCCUCCAUGCCUUGCCAGAACGGGGCCUUCUGUGAGCCGAAUUCGCAGACCGCGUUUGUAUGCCGAUGUCCGCCGCGUUUCUCCGGGACAUUCUGUGAAAACGAUUCCAACCCCUGCGCCAGUCUUCCGUGUCUGCACGGAACGUGCACCAACCGCCCACCCAACGAUUUCCACUGCUCGUGCCCGGCUGGAUUGACCGGCAAACGGUGCGAAUACGGCCGCUUCUGUAAUCCCAAUCCAUGUAAGAACGGCGGAUGUGAGGAGGGCACGAUGGGACCGAUUUGCCAGUGUCUGCACGGAUACGAGGGCACACUGUGCGAACGCGAUGUCAAUGAGUGUCUGCAGUCACCAUGUCAUAAUGGCGGAACAUGUGAAAAUUUGAUGGGCGGUUUUCGCUGCAACUGCUCCGUACAGUUCCGCGGUACCAUGUGCGAAGAGUCGGUGUUUAUUCCCAACAUCACCCGCGGCGUUAUCGCUGGUUGGACAUGGAUUGAGAUCCUUAUUGUCAUUGGUAUCGUUUUUCUCGUAACGCUGCUGGGUGUACUGUUAGUGUUAUGCCGCAAACGCUUCCGUAAACGGCGUGCCACCGGACUGGAGUAUCAGUUUUCCCAAGACUCAACCGGCUCGCCCACAACGCAUACGAUUAACAAUGAUAUCAGCCGGUUGAAGCUGUGCAAUAACCGGGUGGCUGCCGAAGAUACGCUGCUAAAGCGAGGAAGUAAGAUUUCGAAUUUAGAAGCUGCGGAAGCGCGGCAGCCGAUGCUGAUAAACGAGCAUGGCUCGGUACGAGGUAGUGGGACAAGAAAUCGGCCUCCAUUCCGCCCGAUGACCCCGCCACCACCAUCACAUUCGGCAACAUCGUCGGAAACAGCUUCGUUGCACCGACGCAGCAAUAUGUUUGAUGGGGAUGAUGAGCGUAAGCGACACUCGAAAGGUUUUGUAGUGGAUAUGCCCAACGCAAAAAACACUCUUUCAGCAAACAAUUUCCGGAAUAUUGCCAAAAAUAAGAAAGAAAGUUCAUCUACAAUUAACCGAGCAUCCAGUGCAACAUCACCGAUGAUCAGCGACGAAGACGAUCAUGCAGUUUCUUCAUUGAACGAUGACCGAAAAGAUCUUCUAUGGGAUCCGACCGGCACUACACUGGAAGCAGGCGAUUCAAGCGCUGCAACAGCCACUGUUUCCGCGGACGGCCCAGACGGAUCAUCGUCCAUCCAUAAUGAACUGCUGGGCGACGAUGAACUAAGCGAGAGUGACUGCUUCGAAGUGGCGGAUUUCGUGGAAGACGAAGCCGACGAGACGGCGGCCUUCCUGUCUCCCAUUCAGCCACCGACACAAUUCCGCGAUUUACUGCAGAAACGCAUGCACUUGCCCGAUGACGACUACGUACUGCCGCUGAGCAUGGCUAAGAGGUUCAGCGAUUACAUUCCCGCGGCCGACAUUGAUGGAAGUCGGGAGAACGUGUCCGAGGUCAACGGCGCCAAGCUGGCCAAAGGUGACUCGGAGCUGGAUUUACCGGUUAAAAUUGACAUUCCCCCGCCGAUGAAGGAUUUGAACGGUUAUGAAUCGUUUCGCAAAAGACAGGAUGCCGAAAGCCGGCGGCCGUUUCUGAGCAGUGAAACCCUGUCGGCAGCGGAAGCCGAGGAUGAUUUGGAAAACGGUGCCAUGCUGAACGGACGCACCAUGGAUGACCUGUAUCAUCGACAGAUGUCGUUGCCGGACACAAGUGAAGCUAGUGGCAAACUUUGGGACAAAGAACCUAGCCUUGGCACCAAAUUGUCGUCUGCUUUAGGGAAGCAGACUCAAGUGUAAAUCCGUAACGUUUGUUACGCCGUGAAGUGUACUCCCACAGACCAAAGUGAACUGCACUGCAACGCACUUGCAGCAGUUUGGGAGCGGUUUGCUGCCCCUUUUGGUGCAUAACCAAAUGGCCGACAAUUGCAAGGACCAAUUGUGCACACGCAUCUUGUGUGUCAUGUUUUUUCAGAUACGUGCCAACGUCUUUCACAAAAUGGAAAUUGUUUGGGGGUAGGAAAGGUUAUGGUUUUAGUUUGUAGCCUAUAGCGAAGAAUUGCCUUUGUACCAGGAUCUUGUUUGCCUGUAAACUGCAAAAUUCUGAAAUUGAAUCUGUAAUUAUUUUAUUCAUGAUUAACUGUUGUCUUGUUGGAGUGUAGCGAGUUGUUUUGUAAAACAGUUUUGUUCAAAUAACUUUCGACCUUUCGUAUUAAAUAACACAAGCUAUGAGAUUCAUUUCACGAAGAAAUUUAAAGCACAACGUUAAUGUGGUGUACCCGUAUAA